ACCCCGUAGGCUUCUGUAUGAUGACUUGGAAAGUUAGCCUACUAGCCUAUAUAUAAGUGUGCGCAUCUAACACUUGCACGCAAGACCUAGUGAGCGCCGUGCGAUCUCUCAGUAGGAGCUAUAGCUUCCAAAACUUUCAGUUCCGUCUUUCACCUGAACACUACCAUGUUAUCUGCUGGUCCAGAGAUCCCCACAGGACGGUGUUCCUUUCGGUAUCGCCGGGGCAUGGUUGCAUUCGCCGUGUUGCUCUUCCUGUCAGUGACCGUUACAUACGCUCACAGCACGACAGUAGAGCAUGAUCUUCACAUCGUUCAUAAUGUCGACAAUAGAAGUCCAGAAAUCGACCCUUUUUGGUAUGUGGGACGUGGGGUUAGACCCAUUGGACGUUUUGGCAAGCGUGUAACAGAUAGUGGGAAUGUGCUGAGUUCCCUGGAGCUUCUGCUCACCGCUCUCAGAGAAAAGGAGGACCUUCGGAGCACCCUAGCUCAGGAAGAAUCGGAGUGGUUACCAUGACAACACAAAAUAAUCCUACCUCCACUUAAUUUGUUUCAAAUUGAGUUACCUAAUUAUGUAGGCCUAUUAAGGUCUUUUACUCUGUUCUUGUCCAACGUUUUUUCUUCCCUAGGCUAAAUAUUUUAAUUUGAGGCUUUAUAUGUUGGCUAGAAGAUGAGAAAACAACAUUGUUACAUAAAUCGAUUGUCAUAUAUGUUUACAUGCCUACUUUCAUCUCACAAGGGUAACAAAGACACAUCGACUAGAGGCCAUGGUGAUUACACUCUGAACUGAAAACAUACAGGUGUUGGCUAUAGGCUAUGGUAAAUGGGAUGUCAUCAAAUCCAUAGGAUGUUUGCGCAUUGAGACAAUUGUAUUGUUUUGGCGCUUUAGAAAUAAAUGAAUGAAAAAUGAAUUGAAUUGAAUUGAAUUGAAUUGAAUAUUUAAGCAGACCCAGUUGUGGUCAUGUAAGGCUAUAACCCUUCUGCGCUUUCCAAUUCCAAGACACAUUGGUCUAACUUCACCUAAAACGUAUCACCUUAGGUCUUGGCUGGUAUGGUAGCCUAUGCUUGAAUCUCGGGGCUAUUCGAUAUGAAGUGUCUGGACAGCAAGAGUAACUUUUGGGCAUAUGUUAAAUUCUUAACGUUAAAUAAAGUACAGCAAUUAAAGGCUAUAUAAAUGACCUAUUUGAGGUUAUUUUAUUGACAAAAUAAUUUGCUGACAAUAAAUUAACAUCUUCAUCAUAGGCUACCAUACUGUUGUGUUUUUUAUUAGUUUGUUGACAGUGUAAAGAGCUUGUGUAAAGUACACAAUAAUAGGCCUAAUGGGAAUAAAGUUUAUUAUAUCUUCAGAGUUGCAUCAUAAUCGUC